AUGUGGAGCUCGUUGAGGAGCUUUCAAGAAUCGGUAAUAAAGUGUGUCAGUCUAACCAGGGAAGAAAAAUUCGAAAUGAAGCCACUGCAAGGGAGGUAAAUACUGUUUGAAAUAAGGAAAGGCUCGAUCAACUGGAAAGGAGGAUCGGCGAUAAGCAUGCGCAGGCUGAGAGGAGCGACUGGCAACAAUGUGACAUUGUUGAGACAAAGAUGUUGAUGAGCGGUGGGAACCUAUCGACCAGUUUAACGAGCAACUUAACUACGGUGCUUCGGCAUGUGACAAACUGCAACGACACUCCUUUCAACGGUUGCUUGUCUGGCUGCAGUCUCGGACAGGGUGCUACCGAUUUUGGUACCUCCCUAUGGGCGCCGUAUGAUCACUUUUGCACCGUUGAAUACGACUCGGCCCUGUUAUGCAGACCCUGUGACUACCUCGACUGUGACGUUAACGUCUCCCUGGUCCUCAGUGGCCUCGAAAACGUCGAGGGAACGUUCCUCACCCAGUUCCCCAUGCUCAGGGACUGCAACUCCACGGUGCUUCAAGAGUUGCUCGAGUGUUCAGCAACGAACGACCCAACGCUCUCGGACAUACCUGUGACGUGUACGCGUCGCUUACAGCGUCCAUCCUGGAGCGUCAAAGGCAAACGGUUGGACUGGACUUUCCUCUUCGUCGCAGUUUUCAUAGUCGCUGGUGGCCUUGGCAACAUCCUCGUCUGUCUGGCCAUUGCUCUGGAUCGUCGACUCCAUAACGUGACAAACUACUUCCUCCUCUCACUCGCGGUGGCGGAUCUCCUCGUCAGCCUCUUCGUCAUGCCUCUGGGCGCCAUUCCCGGGUUUUUGGGUUACUGGCCGUUCGGAAUUUCCUGGUGCAACGUCUACGUAACGUGUGACGUCCUCGCCUGUUCAGCCAGCAUAAUGCACAUGUGCUUCAUAUCGUUGGGCCGCUACCUUGGAAUCAGGAAUCCGCUAAAAACGAGGCAUAUAUCGACAAAACGUCUCGUUGGGUUCAAAAUUGCCGCCGUUUGGCUCCUCGCCAUGUUGGUUUCCAGCUCGAUCACCGUUUUAGGGUUAAUCAACCCUCGGAACAUAAUGCCGGAGCCUGGCCUCUGCGUGAUAAACAAUCGGGCGUUCUUCGUUUUCGGGUCCCUGAUCGCCUUCUACAUUCCCAUGAUCGUUAUGGUCACCACGUACGCGUUGACGGUACAGCUGCUUCGAAAGAAGGCACGAUUCGUCGCCGAGCACCCGGAGGGCGAUCAGUUUCGACGCCUCGGCGGCCGGUUUGCAGCGACAAAAACCCCGACGACACCCUCCAGGUCUUCGACCCUCUCCACUCGUCAUCUAUGGAGAACAUCCGGCGGCAGCGGAAGCAGUGACAGAAACUUGAGCAUGAGGGGCAGCACCUCGCAGCCUCAGCUCAACUUCUCAAUGAACAGCCCUGGUACCCCAGAUCACGUCGUUCCGGCCUCUAGAGGUGGGCGAAAAGUCGACCAGGGCACUCAGACGCCAGAAAACAUCGCCAGGGAAACUAGGAACUUCAAGCUUCGCACCCUAAAAUUGCAACUGAACGUCACACCAACUGCACUCAAUCUCAGAUUUCUGGCGGGGCGAACGAAGCGGAGAUCGCUGGCUGCGAACGCGGUAGCGACUGAACAAAAGGCAAGCAAAGUGCUUGGCCUGGUGUUUUUCACUUUUGUCCUCUGCUGGACGCCGUUUUUCGUCCUUAACAUUCUCUUCGCCGUUUGUCCACGCUGCUCGGUGCCCUCACACGUCGUGGACACCUGUCUCUGGCUUGGUUACGUUUCGUCGACGAUAAACCCGGUCAUUUACACCGUCUUCAACCGCACCUUUCGAGCCGCCUUCAUACGACUUCUCAAAUGCAAGUGUUCCAGGCUGGCCAGGCCACCGAGAUACCGGUCAGUCACAGAAGGCGGAAGAGGCGCCAUGGGGCUCUGCACUCCAAGCAGCCUGCCGUUGGCUAUCAGUCUUCAGGGAACGCCGCUUCUGACGCCAGCCUCCAACCCGGCGACGACACCGGCCUCGGGAAGCUCCUACGUCACGGUGAUGCACAGGACCCCGAGUUCCCUUUACCGCGACACCUUCCUCGUCCACGAGCAUGACCAUGACCACGAACACUACCGUGACCACAGUUGUUGAGUGAUCCCGAUCAGUCCCGAUCAGGCGAUAAUCAUUCGCGGUAAAGAGGUCACAGGUUCCCCAUGCAGGGAGCUGCACCUUAUAUUCGAUACUUCGCUUGACUCGCAGGAUCGGGAAUUUGGUCUUGUUCUCGAAAAAAGGACGCCAGUCAUCGCUUUCAUUGAGUGAGCCAGCCCUUAUGGAUUCGUCUGCGGUAUUCGAAUGGUAACUUACCGACAGUAACAAUUAUAACAGAUCAGUACGCGAUCUAUAGCGCCGGUACAGCUGACUGACGUAUCGACGAAGAUAUUCUGCCCUCUUUUAUUUGAGGCGCUAGAAAGAGACCAUGUAUCUACUGUUAUUGAUCAGACAUUACAGACAACCUCACUUGCCGACUGAAACUGCGAGUUAUGUAAAUUACCGACGAGAAGUUAGCAGAGUUUGGAGUCUUUAUGGUAGGAUAUGGGGAUAUGGUUAAUCGCUGCCAGGUAGACACUUAAUA